CGGCUAUAUUCAGCUGGCAUUCCAUCGUGCUCAUUUGGACAGCAGAACGGGCUCAGUUGAAAGCGCUGUACAUAUCCUUUCUUCGUCUGGCUGAGCCACUAGUGAACUCGACCAGGAUGUCCCUCAUUGGUCGAGCUGCAGACAUGACAUGGCGAGCUCACUGCCGACAAGAUAUCCGGCAAUGCACGAAACGAUUGAGCUCGACGUCUUCAAAGGUCGAUGCUAGAUGUCGGCAAGGAUAUAGAAGUUAUUCGAGCUAUUCCUCACGACCAUCUCACAGUGGCCACUUAUCCAAUCGCUUACUGCAGGUCACAAGUAUCUCAGUAGCCCUGGGUCUAGCAGCCUGGGUCACGUCGGAAAAGGUCUUGGCAGAUACAGGAAACAGUAAACCAGACUACGUGCACGCAUCUGGCCAAAAGGAAAAUCGAUCAAAGUUUGAAGGUCAAGUAUCCAUCCGGGACGUACUGGAUCAUGAAAAAGGUGAUCAAGUCUGGGUGGUCAUCAAAGGGGAUGUUUACGAUAUGACUGAGUUUCUGGACGAUCACCCUGGCGGGAAAGACAUCAUCCUGAACAAUCGUUCAAAGGACGUCACGCCGAUAUUCAAUCCUAGACAUCCUUCGGAUCAGCUUGAUCCAGAUAACAUCCCACCAAAUGUGCACCGUGUAGGAUCCCUAGACUUGGAAAACGCAUCAGAUGAGGAGAAAGCAUCAAUACGGCUCAAAGUGUCUUCGGACCAAGAGGAGGAGAAUGACAGAAUAAAAAGAGAGCGUGAAGCGAUGGAAGAGAGAGGUCUGGGAGUCAUUGUGAACAUGAGAGACUUUGAGAAAUACGCCGAACCUAUGAUUUCAAAAGUAGCUUGGGCGUACUAUGCGUCUGCUGCAGAUGAUGAGAUCACGAAGAACACCAACGCCAGCGCUUACCAAAAGGUCGUUUUCCGACCUAGAAUUCUGCGCAAAGUCGCUCAAGCAGAUUGCAGUACAGAAAUACUGGGGAAAGCGAGCUCGAUACCUGUUUUCAUCUCCCCCGCUGCUAUGGCUAAACUUGGACAUCCAGACGGAGAGGUGAAUCUGACAAAAGGUGCACACAGUACCGGUAUUAUUCAAGUUAUAUCUUCUAAUGCGAGUUGCUCGCUGGACGAGCUCUGCGCCGUUCGUUCAUCUUCCCAGCCCCUCUUCUUCCAGCUCUACGUGAAUCGUAAUCGAGAUAUCGCCUCGGACCUCAUAAGAAAGCUCAACAAGCUCAACCUCGAUGCCAUCUUCCUGACGGGGGAUGCACCCGUCGGCGGGAAAAGAGAACGAGAUUUAAGAUUGAAGGGGGAAUUUGAAGGACCCGCUGGAGGCGUGGCGGUCAAAGGUGAAGGCGAAUCCAAAGGCGUUUCAGAGGCCAUGUUUGCAGGGGUGGAUCCUGAUUUAAAUUGGGAGGAUAUCAAAUGGAUCAAGAGUCUAUCAGAUAUGCCCAUCGUCGUCAAGGGCAUUCAGUGUGUAGAGGACGCUCUACUGGCGUAUGAGCACGGCGCAUCUGGUAUCCUCAUAUCCAACCAUGGAGGUCGACAACUAGAUACUACUCGACCUUCUCUCGAUGUCCUAUUGGAGAUUCGAAAGCACGCUCCACAACUCCUCAGACCACAAUAUCGCGGUCCAACAGGUCUGAUCGAGUCUGCCUUGAAGGAUCCCCAGAGGCUGAUCCCGAAAGAAGAAGUAAAGAUCGGUAAAGUCAUGGACAAAGAAGGCAAUAGACCCUUUGAGAUAUACGUCGAUGGAGGCAUACACCGAGGAACGGACGUCGUCAAGGCUUUGUGCCUCGGUGCUAACGCCGUUGGAGUUGGGAGAGGUUUCUUAUUUGCUCAGAGUGUGGCCGGCGUUCAAGGGGUCGAGCAUGCUGUGGGAAUCCUCGAGAAGGAGAUUCUAUUGACGUUGAGAUUACUGGGUGUCAACAAGCUGGAAGAACUGAGACCGAGCAUGGUCGAAGUUAAGGAGUGAAGCCGUCGUGAAGAUAUUGAUCUUGACCUUGAUCUUCCCGCUCACAUCUAGGCGUGA